ACCGAACGCUCAACGCCUUUUAAAAACAAUAAAAUAUUGUGCCCAAUCCUCCUAGUCCUAUCAAAUUAAGUACUCAAAAAUUCCCAAUUUCUAGGGUUUCAUUUUCCUCUCAAAAACCCUAUUUUGCUUACAAUUCAAUCACAAUAAUUCAUAUAUGCAACCGCCAAGCACAUUCCAAAUUGGAUUCAAAUUCAUAUAAUUCAUAUACGUAUAUAUAUAUAUAUAUAUAUAUAUAUUUAUUUUUGGUAUUAAUUUCAUUAUGAUGGUAUUUUUCUUCCUUCGUUUUGCUCCUUGUUCGCUUAUUAAUGCAAUUAAGCUUACUAAUCUUCGUGUUUUUGGUCCUGGUUUGAAUCCUUUUGCUCCUUACAACUUAGCUAAUCAUUCCUCUCGCUAAACCCCUCCUAAUUUUUUUGACUACUUUGCUUAUUUGGUUCUUUUUUUUUUUUCAAUCAAUCAUGUAAAUUGAAGUAAAGGGGUUUUCGAUAUUACCGCCUUUUUUCGGGUUUUAGUUGCUCAAGAAUUUGGGAAUAAGUGAAGGAUUUUGGGAGAUUAUUGCCUUUUUUGGGUCUUAGUUGCUCAAGCAUUACUGGGUUGUUGUCAAAAUCGGGAGUUUGAGGUUUCUUGGUUUGUUUUUUCAAUCAAUCAUGUGAAUUGAACUGAAGGGGUGUCGAAAUUAUCGCCUUUCUUGGGUCUUAGUUGCUCAAGAAUUUCUGGGUUGUUUGAGAAUUUGGGAAUUAGUGAAGGGUUUUGAGAAAUUAUUGCCUUUUUGGGUCUUAGUUGCUCAAGAAUAUCUGGGUUAUUUGAGAAUUUGGGAAUUAGAGGUCUAUCAAUCAUGUAAAUUGAAGUAAAGGGGUUUCAAAAUUAUCGCCUUUUUUGGGUCUUAGUUGCUCAAGAAUAUCUGGGUUGUUAUCAAAAUCGGGAAUUAGUGGUUUCUUGGUUUUUUUUUUUUCAAUCAAUCAUGUGAAUUGAAGUGAAGGGGUGUCGAAAUUAUCGCCUUUCUUGGGUCUUAGUUGCUCAAGAAUUUCUGGGCUGUUAUCGGAAUUGGGAAAUAGUAACAGUCUCGUUGGAAAGAUUAUCAAGAACUAGAGGUUUGGUGGAUCAUUUUUUCGAUCAAUUAUGUGAAUCGAAGUGAAGGGGUUUCCGGAAUUAGUGGCCUCUUUGGGGUCAUACUUGCUCAAGAAUUUCUGGAUUGUUUUCGAUAUAGGGAAUUAACAACAAUCUCAUCAUAAAGUUUAUUGGGAAUUUACAAUAAUCUGUGUUUAGUGAGGUAAAAGAUCCUUGAUUAUUAGUAUUGAGAAUUACUCAUAGAGUUCUGUGUUCGAACUUGUUGAUGUGAGGGAUCAUUGGUGAUGUAAAAGAUCUUUGAUUUUAGUAUUGAGGAUUACUCAUAGAGUUAUGUGUUCAAACUUGUUGAUUGCGAGGGACUAUUGGUGAUAUAGAAGAGCUUUGAUAUUAGUAUUGAGAAUUACUCAUAGACUUCUGUGUUUGAACUUGUUAAUUGUAAGGAAAUAUUGGUAAGUUGUGUUGCGGUUGAGGUUUGUGUCGGUUUAAUAAAAAGGGGAAACAGAAAAAGGAAGAUGGAAGAAGAGCGAUUGAAUAUAAGUAGGCGAUCGAGAAGAAUGCAGAUUGUUGCAGGUGGUGAUAUGGAUGACCGAGGCUGGACUCUGCUUCAUGUUGUUGCUAGGAAAGGUGACCUGAAAGAGGUCAAAAGACUUCUUAAUGAAGGCAUGGAUGCAAAUGUGACUGCUGGGGGGCCUAAGUCACUUGGUGUGACACCACUUCAUCUUGCUGCUAAGGGUGGUCACCUCCGAGUUAUGGAUGAAUUGCUUGAGAGAGGUGCUGAUAUUGAUGCACGAACCAAGGGUGUCUGUGGGUGUAAGUAUCUAUUUUCAUGGACUCCACUCCAUCAUGCAGCUAAAGAAAGAAAGAGGAAAGCAAUCAGAUUCUUGAUCAGAAACGGUGCAUUUUUGCCAGAUGACAUCCAUGAUACCAGGUUCAAUCCACCACUCCACUAUUGUCCUGGUCUUGAAUGGGCUUACGAGGAGAUGAAGCUGCUGCAACUAGAAAGUUCAUCAUCUGGCGAGGCCUCUUACAGCUCGGAGAGCUGAGGUGCAGCCUCUGCUUGUUCCACAAGGAAGAAACAUGAGCAUCCACGUUCUGUAUUUCUCCAUUCAUAGUCAACUUCGUCACAUCUAGAAUCGUUCUCAGUAAACUCCACAGUUGCAGUUGGAUUUGGAGUCCUGGAAUAUGGUUGUAGACUACGUCGUGAUGUGAUAUUCACUGGAGGUAGAUAUGGUAGUUAUAGGAACACUAUAUGUCUGUCUGCUAUCUGGAUGUCUCUCUGAAUUUUCUAUACAAACUUAGUCUGAGCUUUAUUAAACCUUGUGGUGUAAACAUUUCAUUUGCCAUUAAUCUUUCCUAUGCCUUUUUUGAUAAGAGUAUUUCUACCAGCACCAGUUACUUGGUCGACUCAUCUUGCUGGGAAGUCUGGAGAAUGCAGCACAAAGUGAAUGGGCAAUGUGCUGUGGGUCAGUUUCGGGUUGGGGAGCGCCGAGAGACCAGAAGAAUGACAAUGGGUUAUUAAACUUAAAAUCAACAGAGUAAUUUUGUCACAUCACAACAUUAGCAAUUGGAUAGAAUUUUAAAGAGCCAAGAAGCCAUAGGAAUUAAAAUUUCUAAUUACAAAAUAAACUU